AUGACCGUCACGUACACAGCUCGCGUGGCGAACGCGCGCUUCGGCGGCUUCUCGAAGCUGCUGCUGUUGUGGCGCGGGAGCAUCUACAAACUUCUGUGGCGCGAGCUGCUGUGUUUCCUUGGGCUCUACAUGGCGCUGAGUGCCGCCUAUCGCUUCGUGCUGACCGAAGAGCAGAAGCGCUACUUUGAGAAGCUCGUUCUUUACUGCGACCAGUACGCCAGUCUCAUCCCGGUCUCUUUUGUCCUCGGCUUCUACGUAACGCUGGUGGUGCACCGCUGGUGGAACCAGUACCUAUGCAUGCCCCUGCCCGACGCGCUCAUGUGCGUGGUGGUCGGCACAGUGCACGGGCGCGACGAGCGCGGCCGCCUCUACCGACGCACUCUCAUGCGCUAUGCAGGGCUCUCUGCUGUGCUUAUCCUGCGCUCUGUCAGCAUCGCUGUCUUCAAGCGCUUCCCCACCAUAGACCAUGUGGUGGAAGCAGGGUUUAUGACCCGCGAGGAGCGCAAGAAGUUCGAGAACCUGAACUCAUCCUACAACAAGUACUGGGUGCCUUGCGUCUGGUUCUCCAACCUGGCGGCGCAGGCUCGGCGCGAGGGCCGCAUCCGCGACAACGGCGCCCUUAAGCUGCUGCUGGAGGAGCUGACUGUGUUUCGGGGCAAGUGUGGGAUGCUCUUUCACUACGACUGGAUUAGCGUACCCCUUGUCUACACCCAGGUGGUGACCAUCGCUGUGUACAGCUACUUCCUGGCCUGCCUCAUCGGUCGCCAGUUUCUGGACCCGGCGCAGGGCUACAAAGACCACGACCUGGACCUGUGCGUGCCCAUCUUCACCCUGCUGCAGUUCUUCUUCUACGCGGGCUGGCUCAAGGUAGCUGAGCAGCUCAUCAACCCCUUCGGAGAGGACGACGAUGACUUUGAGACCAACUUUCUGAUCGACCGCAACUUCCAAGUGAGACUCUCUCAGUUAAGACCAUCCCUGGGCUCCCAAAGCGGCCCUGGCCCCACCCCUGCUAAGACUCGCUCAGACAUCGCCCCUGAUCCAUCCUUCUCUUUGGUCACCACACUCCUACCCAUCCACAGGGGUCCACCCUGCGGUGCCGGCGCUUUUCCAUGCCCACUCUUCCCCGCGUAUCCUCGCCCGCAGGUGUCAAUGCUGGCCGUGGACGAGAUGUACGACGACCUGGCCAUGCUGGAGAAAGACCUGUACUGGGACGCAGCUGAGGCUCGCGCUCCCUACACCGCGGCCACCGCCUUCCUGUUGCAGCAGCCCUCCUUCCAGGGCUCCACCUUCGACAUCACGCUGGCCAAGGAGGACAUGCAGUUCCAGCGGCAGGACGGCGUGGACGCGCCGCUGAGCGAUGCAUACGGCGACUUCCUGCAGCGCCUCCUGCCGGUGGGCGCGGGCAUGGCCGCUGGAGGCCUGCUGGGCCGGCGCCUGUCUUUACUGCGCCGCAAGAACAGCUGCGUGUCGGAGGAAGCCACAGCCGCCAGCUGCGCAUGCGCGGGCGCCCCUGAUGGCGCGGCCCCAGAGUGCAGUUGCGGUGACCCGCUGCUAGACUUAGGCCUGCCGGAGCCGGAGUCUGAGUCCCACGCUGGCCACGAGCCGCCAGCCCCCGGGCCACCCGCCGAGCCCUUCACCGUUGUGCCAAUGCCCGGGCCCCGGGGGCCGGCUCCACCCUGGCUGCCCAGCCCCAUUGGCGAGGAGGAGGAGAGUCUAACAUGA